AUGGCCCGUCUAGCAGUCUAUGGCGCCAUCAGCACCAUCCUCGCAGGAGGUGUCAUCGCAAGCGCGUUUGCCCACCGGAGCAACUUUUACUCCGCCUGUAUCUACCUCUACAAGUCAAACGCCUGCAUGAUGAUCCUUCUGAACCUCGGUCUGUUCUUGACAAUAAUCGCAGGCCAGUUGGUAUUAAUGAUUUUCUUUGGUAAACUCAGGGCACUGGAGGUGGAGCAUCUCUACGAGCGGGCAUGGUAUGCGGUCACAGAGACGUGUUUGGCAAUGACAAUAUUCAAGGACGAGUUCGAUACCCGGUUCGUCGUCAUGUUCACGUUGCUACUCUUCCUCAAGGUUUUCCAUUGGCUCUGCCAGGAUCGUGUUGAUUCCAUGGAACAAUCACCCGAGAUCCCAUUAUCUUUUCAUGCCAGGAUGGUGACCAUCAUGACUAUUCUCGUGAGCCUUGACAUUCUUUUGGUCCUCCACGCCAUUGAUCUUGUCGCAGUCAGGGGUCCCAACAUGAUGAUUAUGUUUGGCUUUGAGUACACGUUGUUGGCGACGAGCUUGAUGGCAGCUUUCGGAAAAUACGUUUUGCACACAAUCGACAUGAGACGCGAGGAUCCAUGGGAGAACAAGUCGAUGCUGUUGUUUUAUCUGGAUCUCGUUGCCGACUUUAUCAAGCUGGUCACCUACCUCAUGUUCUUUAUGGUGAUCCUUGUCAGCUACGGACUCCCCCUGCACAUCAUUCGCGAUGUCUACAUGACCAUGCGCUCCUUCCUCCAAAAGUGCAAGGAUCUGAUCCAGUACCGCAAGGCAACUAGGAACAUGAAUGAACGUUACCCCGAUGCCUCACGCGCAGAAUUGGCAGCACUCAGCGAUCCUAUUUGUAUCAUUUGCCGUGAGGAGAUGGUUGGUCAGCAUGGACACACGCUUUCAGGUGCUGGAGGUGACGGCGCACACGCUGCAGCUGCAGGAGGAGGAACAGGCGCACGCCCCGCAGGAUCCAACACCAACGUUCCUAAGAAGCUGCCCUGUGGACACAUUUUCCACUUUCAUUGUCUUAAGAGUUGGUUGGAGCGUCAGCAGAGCUGUCCCACCUGCCGGCGCCUUGUUCUGGAUCCACCUACACCAGCGCCCACGCCCACGCCUGUAGCCCCCGGAGACCAAGCAGCAGGCAAUGCGGCACCAGGAGCAGCAGGAGCGCCAGCCCCGGCACCGGCUCCUGGUCAGGCACUAGGAGGAGCUCCUGGAUUCGGUCACUUUGGAAACAAUGCACAACCAGGACCAGUCCACCCUCCUCACCAGGGUAUGGGAUAUCCUUUGUUUGCACCUCAGGGUCACUACCCCUUGGCUGGCUGGCAUCCUCAUGCUGUUGGCGGUGCUUUCCCUGGGGCUAUUCCGCCAGAAGCAGGUCAAACCACAGCUGCUGGAACUGGUACUGCAGCAGGAGCUGGAGCUGGCACUGGCACGCCUGGAGCAAUGCCGACGACUCAACCUGGCUUUAUUCCUAGCUACACCAUCGCUAAUGUCGCCCACCCGAUCCCUGGAUUCAUCCCCUUGUUUCCCGUCGGACACGCAGCAACCCCAAUUUCAGGAUUACAGGCACAGGGAGGAUCGGAGGCGGCUGGUACGCCUACACCUUUCCUCGGAAGGGCCACAGCGGACCAAAUUCCGUUGACAUCACUGGAUGCUCUUUCAGAGGACCAGCUCAAGUACUUGGAGGAGAACACGCGACGUGGUCUUCAAGAGCGCCUUCGGGUGCUUCAGGCGGUGGAGUCUCAGAUUGCGGAAUCUGUCAGUGUUCUGAACCGCGUUCUGUGCGCAUUGCCACCGGCGGGGACACCCUUCCGGAGCGAGACGGCUGACCCACCAAGCCCGACGAUGCCAACGACCUCGAACUCUUUUUCGACACCUUCUGCAGGACCGAACGGGACAGCGACGAAUCGGUUCUUUGGAACGGUUGUUGGACCUGCGUUAAACACCAGCUCGCCAGUUGGCUUGCAACCUUUUGCGCGCGGCGUCUCUAACGGGGGCGUUAAUGGUGGUGUCAAUGGCUCUGCUGUCAAUGGCUCUGUCAAUGGCCCUGUCAAUGGUAGCUCCAACGCAGAUGCGAGUGUGCCAUUGGCGACUGAGGCAAAGACGACGGUCGCGGUCAGUCAGCCUCAGGAAGUUUCUCCUCCUACGUCGGCAUCCCCAUCGCCGAUUCCUUCUUCAGUAGCAACAGCCGCUUUGAACGGUGGCCAUGAGGUGGAGGGUGAGGUGGAGGGUGAGACCUCAGAGAGUACAACUACAAUAACAAUGACAGCAGCUACGACGGCAGCAGACAAUAGCAAGGGCAAGGGACGGAAAUCUGACGCAGAUCUGGAGCAGGAUCUGGUGGCGGAGAGUCAGCAGCUUUACCAUGAGGAAGAAACAGCUAAUGGUGGGGAUUUGACGAACGGCAAUGAUGACGAAGACUCCGAGGUAUCUCCUGAGGAGAUGGUGAGGAGACAGUGGGCCAAGUUUGACUUGUCGUCGUCAGAGUAA